GAAAAAAACCAGACACUGAUAGAGUUACUGUGUGUCACCCUCUGGAAGCCCCAGCUCAAGCAGGUGCACCCAAGACUUGGGGCAGGGGUGGAAAUUUGAAACGUCGCCCAGGUUUCUGAACAACUGAAGAGUGACACUUAAGCCCUUCUCACAAGGUCUCCCAACCCCCACCGCUGGAGCGGUCUCUCCCCGAGAUCCAUUGCCCUUUGGUGCAGACAGAAAGAACAAGUAGCAACUUUACAGGAGGAGAAUGGCACUGAAGCAGAUUUCCAGCAGCAGGUGCUUCGGGGGGCUCCAGAAGGUCUUUGAACAUGACAGUGUUGAGCUGAAAUGUAAAAUGAGACUUGCUGUCUACCUGCCUCCACGGGCAGAGAGUGCCAAGUGUCCUGCACUCUACUGGCUGUCUGGUUUAACUUGCACAGAACAAAAUUUCAUAACCAAGUCUGGCUUUCAGCAAGCUGCCUCAGAACACGGCCUUGUCGUCAUUGCUCCAGAUACCAGUCCCCGUGGCUGCAACAUUAAAGGAGAAGAUGACAGCUGGGACUUCGGCACGGGUGCGGGCUUCUACGUGAAUGCCACUGAAGACCCCUGGAAAACAAAUUACAGAAUGUACUCUUACGUAACCGAGGAGCUUCCACAACUCAUAAAUGCCAAUUUCCCAGUGGACCCACAGAGGAUGUCUAUUUUUGGUCACUCCAUGGGAGGCCACGGAGCUCUGAUUUGUGCUUUGAAAAAUCCUGGAAAAUACAAAUCUGUGUCAGCAUUUGCUCCAAUUUGCAACCCAGUGCUCUGUCCUUGGGGCAAAAAAGUUUUUAAUGGAUAUUUGGGACCAGAUGAAAGUAAAUGGAAGGCGUACGAUGCAACCUGUCUCGUGAAGUCCUCUUCAGGUUCCCAGAUUGACAUAUUAAUUGAUCAAGGGAAGGAUGACGAGUUUCUUACAAAUGGGCAGUUACUCCCUGAUAACUUCAUAGCUGCCUGCACAGAGAAGAAAAUCCCUGUUGUUUAUAGGCUACAGGAGGGUUAUGAUCAUAGCUACUACUUUAUUGCAACCUUCAUCACCGACCACAUCAGGCAUCAUGCAAAAUACCUGAACGCAUGAAAAGCUUCAGGUGGAAGAAUCUCAUCGGCAUUAUAAACCUUGGACUACACGGAAUUGCUCAGUAAAAGAUUUGGGGUUUCCUCUCAAAAGAUCAUCCUCCUGCAGUUAAAUCACUUUUCUGAAUAAAGAUAUCAAACUUUCUGAUA